AUGGCCCCCGAUGUCAAAAGGGCAUCAAGAGCAAGGCUUUUCAAGGAAUACAAGGAGGUUCAGAGGGAGAAAGUGGCUGAUCCAGAUAUUCAAUUAGUUUGUGAUGAUUCCAACAUAUUUAAAUGGACAGCUCUUAUUAAGUCACCUACCAGGCGAGUAGAUCCAUUGCUCAAUUCAUACAGUGACUAUGAAGACAGUGUUUACGGUGAUUGCUGCAACCUCGAUUUUCUAUUCACCUUGACUGAACUUUGGCUAACUGCUAUUCUAAUUGCAGGCCUUGCUUGGAGUUCUAGAGAGCCUUGGAUAUUUGCAUCAUUGUCCUAUGAUGGGAGG